UAGGCGGCGGAACCGGAAGUCUUGUUCUCCUUCCACUUCCGCUCUCUGGCCCGGGUUCGGCCUGCGUGGAUAAGGGUUUGAAAUGCCGACCGGAGAGUUUGAUUCGAAGCCCAGCUGGGCCGAUCAGGUGGAAGAGGAGGGAGAGGACGACAAAUGCGUCACCAGCGAGCUCCUCAAGGGGAUCCCUCUGGCCACUGGUGACACCAGCCCAGAGCCUGAGCUUCUGCCAGGAGGGCUUGGCUCCCCUCACCACUCCUCCUCUCUCCCAGCUCCACUGCCGCCUCCUAAGGAGGUCAUUAAUGGAAACAUCAAGACAGUGACUGAGUACAAGAUAGAUGAGGAUGGCAAGAAGUUGAAGAUUGUACGCACCUUCAGGAUUGAGACCCGGAAGGCCUCAAAGGCUGUCGCGAGGAGGAAGAACUGGAAGAAGUUUGGGAACUCAGAGUUUGACCCACCAGGGCCCAAUGUGGCUACCACCACAGUCAGCGACGACGUCUCCAUGACGUUCAUCACCAGCAAAGAGGACCUGAACUGCCAGGAGGAGGAGGACCCAAUGAACAAGCUAAAGGGCCAGAAGAUCGUGUCCUGCCGCAUCUGCAAGGGUGACCACUGGACCACCCGCUGCCCCUACAAGGACACACUGGGGCCCAUGCAGAAGGAGCUGGCCGAGCAGCUGGGCCUGUCCACUGGCGAGAAGGAGAAGCUGCCUGGAGAGCUGGAGCCUGUGCAGGCCACCCAGAGCAAGACAGGGAAAUACGUGCCGCCAAGCCUACGGGAUGGGGCCAGCCGCCGUGGGGAGUCCAUGCAGCCCAACCGCAGAGCCGAUGACAAUGCCACCAUCCGCGUCACCAACCUGUCUGAGGACACACGGGAGACCGACCUGCAGGAACUCUUCCGGCCCUUUGGCUCCAUCUCCCGCAUCUACCUGGCGAAGGACAAGACCACCGGCCAGUCCAAGGGCUUUGCCUUCAUCAGCUUCCACCGCCGCGAGGAUGCUGCCCGCGCUAUUGCUGGGGUGUCCGGCUUUGGAUACGACCACCUCAUCCUCAACGUUGAGUGGGCCAAGCCAUCCACCAACUAAGCCAGCUGCCACCAUGGCUGCUGCUCAAGCCCUGGCCUCAGGACACCCAGCAACAGGAGGUGGCUUUCAAGAGCAGGACUCCAGGAGCAAUAAAAAAAGGCUUAUAUCACC